CGGUGUGCCUCUCCCACACUAUAUUUUUUCUCUCUUUCUUGUCUGAAAUAUCCAAUUCCUUUUAUUAUUCCAAUUCUGCCCCUUCCAUUGCCGUCUUUUCCAACUCCUUCUUCUCCUUCCCCUGAGACUACGUACGUAUUUCUCUUGGUUUUCUUUCUGCUGAGUCGGCUACAACACCAAUAACAAGAGCAAGGGAGCUGAAAUUUUGUUGAAGAUGACGACUAUGGAGAGUUUGAUCGGUUUGGUCAAUCGGAUUCAGCGGGCUUGUACCAUGCUCGGCGACUAUGGCGGUGGUGAUAACACUUUUUCAUCUCUCUGGGAGGCCCUUCCUUCCGUUGCCGUUGUUGGUGGCCAGAGUUCAGGAAAGUCUUCGGUAUUGGAGAGCAUUGUUGGACGUGACUUUCUACCUAGAGGAUCAGGGAUCGUGACGAGGCGGCCUUUGGUCUUGCAGCUUCACAAGACAGACGAGGGAGCUCAGGAAUACGCCGAGUUUCUUCACCUGCCCAAGAGGAGAUUCACUGAUUUUGCCUCGGUUCGUAAGGAAAUUCAGGAUGAAACUGAUAGAAUGACGGGGAGGUCAAAACAGAUAUCUCCUGUUCCCAUCCAUCUCAGUAUCUACUCCCCUAAUGUUGUCAACUUAACUCUCAUUGAUUUACCUGGUUUGACAAAAGUUGCUGUUGAGGGGCAACCUGAGAGUAUUGUUGAAGAUAUUGAAUCCAUGGUCCGAAGUUACGUUGACAAGCCCAAUUGCGUCAUAUUAGCGAUUUCUCCAGCCAAUCAGGACAUAGCAACAUCUGAUGCAAUCAAACUUGCUAGGGAAGUAGAUCCUGCAGGUGAACGGACUUUUGGAGUGCUGACAAAGCUUGAUUUGAUGGACAAAGGAACUAAUGCAUUAGAUGUUCUUGAAGGAAGAUCUUAUAGGCUGCAACAUCCUUGGGUUGGAAUUGUUAAUCGUUCACAAGCUGACAUUAAUAAAAAUGUUGACAUAAAUAUCGCAAGGCACAAGGAGCGUGAGUACUUUGCAACUAGUCCUGACUAUGGGCACUUAGCUAAUAAAAUGGGUUCAGAAUAUCUUGCAAAGCUUCUCUCAAAGCACCUGGAAUCUGUAAUUAGGGCUAAGAUACCUAGCAUCACAUCUUUAAUUAACAAAAGCAUUGAAGAACUUGAAUCUGAGAUGGACCAUCUUGGUAGGCCUAUUGCUGUUGAUGCAGGGGCUCAAUUGUAUACUAUUUUGGAACUUUGUCGUGCAUUUGACCGGAUUUUCAAGGAGCACUUGGAUGGAGGGCGGCCUGGUGGUGACCGAAUUUAUGGAGUCUUUGACAACCAGCUUCCUGCUGCUUUGAGAAAGCUUCCAUUUGAUCGGCAUCUUUCUCUGCAGAAUGUAAGGAAAGUGGUUUCUGAGGCAGAUGGUUAUCAGCCCCAUCUGAUUGCCCCCGAGCAAGGUUAUAGGCGCCUAAUUGAGUCUUCACUUAACUAUUUUAGGGGCCCAGCUGAAGCUUCCGUUGAUGCUGUUCACUUCGUGUUGAAAGAACUUGUGAGGAAAUCAGUGGGAGAAACUCAGGAGUUAAGGCGCUUUCCAACUCUCCAAGCAGAAUUAGCUGCUGCUGCUAAUGAGGCUUUGGAAAAGUUUCGUGAAAACAGUAGAAAGACGGUAGUACGGUUGGUUGACAUGGAAUCUUCAUAUUUGACCGUUGAGUUCUUCCGGAAACUUCCACAAGAAAUGGAGAAAUUACAAAACCCAUCAGGAGCAGCAGGAGGAGCGGCAGCAGCAGCGGCCGCCUCACCCGCAGACCGUUACUCAGAAAACCACUUCAGAAGAAUCGGGUCAAACGUGUCCUCUUAUGUGGGAAUGGUGUCUGAGACACUGAGGAGGACAAUUCCUAAGGCAGUGGUGUAUUGUCAAGUUAGGGAAGCCAAACAGUCUUUGCUAAAUUUCUUCUACACACAAGUAGGAAAGAAAGAGGCUAAGCAGCUUUCACAACUGUUGGAUGAAGAUCCAUCAUUGAUGGAGAGGAGGCUACAAUGUGUAAAGAGGCUUGAGUUAUACAAGGCAGCUAGAGAUGAGAUUGACUCUGUAGCAUGGGCUCGCUAGACUCUCACUAAUCACUAGUCCAUACUACAAGGACAUAAUUAGUUGCUUUUGUAUCAUAUAGCUGCUUUUGUCUACUAAGGAGAUCGUUGGUUUCACUGGCUUAUUGGUGGUUGAUGUCUUGAUGAUAUUCUUUAGAAUAUUAGUAAUUUUUUUCCUUACAUAUAUUAGUAAUUUUUAUUAUUUCAUUGUUGAGCAUUGUCUCAUGCUUUGGGAUGGGAUGCUGUCUUUUUCCUCGUGUUUGAUGGAAUUUUCCUUGUACAUCUUUACACUUUCUUGACCUUGUGAUGUCUCCUUGUAGCAUAUUAAUAGAUAUAUUAUAAUUUUUU